UGGCUGUGGCGGAGCUUGCGCCGUGGGCCUGGGCGGGAGCCUCACGGCCGCGUGAGCUUAAAGCGCGCGGGUCGGAGUUGGUCGCGCUCUCAUCGCUGACAGGGUUCGCUUUCGGCUUGCUCGGGACUGAAGUGCUCAUGACGGAGGUAUAAGGAGAGAAAAUCUGUUCCGGGUGAGCCCAGGCCGUUCCGGAAAUGCGAUGGCUGUGGAGCUAGCCCCGGAGGGCUGACUGAGGGGAUCACUGCAGGGGGUGCAAUCCGCGUGUGAGCUGUCUUCCCCUGGACCUAGUCGAGCCAGCAUCUCCAAAACGUUGAGCCUAACCUCGCUUAAUAAGACAUUUGUCUCGUGAGUGAAGGUCCAGGAUCAUCAAGCACGGGCGGGAAACUGAGGCAGGCACUCGGCAGGCGCAUCAGCUGCGUGGGAAUCCGUUAUGCAUACGUCAUGCCCAUAUAGCGUUGAGUUUCAAACCAACCUAGGUUCUUUUAACUGAGAUAAAGAGCUUUGGAUACCAAGAGUGAAAAUGGCAUACUCCAUGUCAGCACCCUGUCAACCAAAGGCAUGACAACUCAGGAACACACAUGGACUUGUUGCACACAGAAAUGUGUGCACAGGAAGAGGAGAUCUCUAGUUCUUUAGAAAAAAGAAAGCAUCCUUCACCAAAAUGGGCACAUUCUGCUCAGUAAUCAAGUUUGAAAAUCUUCAAGACUUAAAGAGACUGUGUCACUGGGGUCCCAUCAUAGCCCUUGGUGUUAUAGCAAUAUGUUCUACAAUGGCCAUGAUUGACUCCGUCUUGUGGUAUUGGCCUUUACAUACAACUGGAGGAAGUGUGAAUUUCAUCAUGUUGAUAAACUGGACUGUCAUGAUUCUUUAUAAUUACUUCAAUGCCAUGUUUGCUGGUCCUGGCUUUGUCCCUCGGGGGUGGAAACCGGAAAAUUCUCAGGAUAGCAUGUAUCUCCAGUACUGUAAAGUCUGCCAAGCAUACAAGGCACCACGUUCCCAUCACUGCAGAAAGUGCAACAGAUGUGUGAUGAAGAUGGACCACCACUGUCCCUGGAUCAACAACUGCUGUGGUCACCAGAACCAUGCUUCAUUCACACUGUUUCUCCUGUUAGUGCCUCUGGGCUGCAUCCAUGCUGCUUUCAUCUUUGUGAUGACCAUGUACACGCAGCUUUAUAAUCGGCUCUCCUUCGGGUGGAACACAGUCAAGAUUGACAUGAGUGCAGCCAGGAGAGACCCUCUUCCAAUUGUUCCCUUCGGAUUGGCUGCAUUUGCCGCCACUUUGUUUGCCUUGGGAUUAGCUUUGGGAACAACCAUAGCUGUUGGGAUGUUGUUUUUCAUACAGAUAAAAAUUAUUCUCAGAAACAAGACUUCUAUUGAAUCAUGGAUUGAAGAGAAGGCUAAAGAUCGAAUUCAGUAUUACCAACUGGAUGAAGUCUUCAUUUUCCCAUAUGAUAUGGGAAGUAAGUGGAAGAACUUCAAACAGGUAUUUACAUGGUCAGGAGUCCCUGAAGGAGACGGACUGGAAUGGCCAGUGAGAGAGGGCUGUCACCAGUACAGUCUAACGGUAGAACAGUUGAAACAAAAAGCAGACAAGAGAGUCCGAAGUGUUCGCUAUAAAGUCAUACAGGAUUACAGUGGUGCCUGCUGCCCUCUGAAUAGAGGAGUCAGAACCUUCCUCACAAGCCCCUGCACGGAGGAGCCUCGGAUCCAGCUGCAGAGAGGGGAGCUUAUCUUAGCCACCAGAGGCUUACGAUACUGGUUGUAUGGAGACAAAAUUCUUGAUGAUUCCUUCAUAGAAGGUACAUCAAGAAUAAGAGGGUGGUUUCCUAGAAACUGUGUGGAAAAGUGUCCCUGUGAUGGCGAAUCAGAACCAGCCCCAGAAGGCGAGAAGAAGACCAGAUAGCCACUGUUAAAGUGAGGCCAUUAAGUCUUCAUUACUUGAAAAUUCACACAUAUUACCUAAGAAUUAUGCAACGAGCUACUCUGCUUAAGGUAUUCUUUUCCUCAAAGAUGCCUUAGUGCCAUAAUUUAAAUAUUUUUCUUGCCAUUUUGAAACGGAAGCCAUUCUGCAUAUGCCUCUGAAUUCCUGACCUCUUUCCAUUUCUUCCUACUGAAGGAAAGCUGUUCCAGCCAACUGAGCAAAUUGUACUUUCUGUAGGAUUCCUGUGUGCUGCACACCUGACUUCACCUGCAGGUCUAGUUCCCCUUGGCCAGGAGCAUCUGCAUGUGGUUAUUCUGUUUCUUCCUCAGUUGACAUUUCUUUCACAAGAUUCUAGAGACUAUACAACUUGUCAGAUUCAAUAUAAAUUCAAAUUUUGUUACUUUUAAUAAUGCAGAUUUUGUCAAAUCCAAUAAAAGUCAAUGGAUGUUGUGUAGAAAUUAUAGUUUUACCUGAAAGUA